GUUGCGGUCCCUGAGCGCCGGCUGGGGGCGCGCACCAUGAACUCGUGGGACGCAGGCCUGGCCGGGCUGCUGGUGGGCACGAUGGGCGUCUCGCUGCUGUCCAACGCGCUGGUGCUGCUGUGCCUGCUGCACAGCGCGGACAUCCGCCGCCAGGCGCCGGCGCUCUUCACCCUGAACCUCACGUGCGGCAACCUGCUGUGCACCGUGGUCAACAUGCCUCUCACACUGGCCGGCGUCGUGGCACAGAGGCAACCGGCCGGCGACCGCCUGUGCCGCCUGGCCGCCUUCCUUGACACCUUCCUGGCCACCAACUCCAUGCUCAGCAUGGCAGCGCUCAGCAUCGACCGCUGGGUGGCCGUGGUCUUCCCGCUGAGCUACCGGGCCAAGAUGCGCCUCCGCGAUGCCGCGCUCAUGGUGGCCUACACGUGGCUGCACGCGCUCGCCUUCCCAGCCGCCGCGCUCGCUCUGUCGUGGCUCGGUUUCCACCAGCUGUAUGCCUCCUGCACGCUGUGCAGCCGGCGGCCCGACGAGCGCCUGCGCUUCGCUAUCUUCACCGGCGCCUUCCACGCGCUCAGCUUCCUGCUGUCGUUCGUCGUGCUCUGCUGCACGUACUUCAAGGUGCUCAAGGUGGCCCGCUUCCACUGCAAGCGCAUCGACGUGAUCACCAUGCAGACGCUCGUGCUGCUCGUGGACAUCCACCCCAGUGUGCGGGAACGGUGUCUGGAGGAACAGAAGCGGAGGCGGCAGCGAGCCACCAAGAAGAUCAGCACCUUCAUAGGGACCUUCCUUGUGUGCUUUGCGCCCUACGUGAUCACCAGGCUGGUGGAGCUCUCCUCCUCUGCGCCCAUCGGCUCCCACUGGGGUGUGCUGUCUAAGUGCUUGGCCUACAGCAAGGCCGCGUCUGAUCCCUUCGUGUACUCCCUACUGCGACAUCAGUACCGGAAAAGCUGCAAAGAGAUUCUCAACAGGGUCCUCAACAGACGUGCCCUCCACUCCUCGGGCCUUACGGGCGACCCUCACAGCCAGAACAUGCUGCCCAUCUCUGAGUGAGGCCCUCGCUCUUCUGGACAGCUCAGGAUGAGGCCGUGGUGAGAAGAGGGGAGGGUGGACUUGGGGCCCCUGGGUAGACACCACCAGCCACCAGCCCCUGGGCAAACCUGGUGACUCUGGUUCCCUGACCCUGGAGCUUACCUCCUUGUUCCUCAAGGGCUGAUGUUGGACUGUCCCUGUUUGUCACCAAAGGAUAACUGUGGGCCCUGCUCUGGCCUUUCUUUCUGAGAUGCUCCUUUGAGCUCCCGGACUCACCGAGGCUCCCCAGGGAACAGCCCUCUGUCCUGUCACUGUCAAGGAUGCAGAGCGCUGGUGGCAGGUGAAGAAGCAGAAUGUCCACCUGUUUCUUGCCCAUUGGACAUUGGGCUCCAUGCUGAAGUAAAGUGGUGGUCUCCAGGGGACAUUUUAGUCAUGCUGGAAGUGAGUGACCAUUUGGCCCCAGAUUUGAUGUGACACUUCUUCUCCACAGGGUAGUGGUGGUUGCUUUAACCCAAAUAUUCAGCUGGUACUAACUAAAUUGUGCUCAGCUGGGACUCUUGGGCUCUGUGCUCAAGGGGAAAAUGUUUAACAACUUGUGGCCACCCCAUUGCUACUGGCCAGUUGUCUUAGAAAUGGUAAAUUCAACUUUUGUCUUUCUCUCCCCCGCCCCCAAAAGUUAAUUUUUGUGUGCGUGGACAAUCUUAGCAUGAAAAUGGUUGAAUUUGGCAGGUAAUAUAUAUAUUAGGUUCUCUGAAGUCUGACCAUCUGGUUUACUUGUCCUGACGGCGGGAUUCAGUAAGACCAGUGGAAGGGGCUGGUCGGCCUCCCCUGCCC